GGCGGUGGCCCGCUGACCCGGGCUACUGGGAAGUGCCGCGGACUUGCCUCCCUUCUCCAUCCUGUCUCUGAAGAACGUUUCGGGCCAGGCUGUAGCCUACCCUCACCCGAGCUUUUGAGGCCAAAAGCCCGCCCCAGGCCGCGCUUCAAAAGCCUGACACUUUGGCCCCGAGACCCGGCUCAAACGUGACGCCCGCGGCCGGAGGUGUCCGGAGGCCCUCGGGCCGUGUCCAUCCCUCGGCACGGCAGGCGGAUCAGGCUCGGCAGCAGCGCUGCCCUGCAUCCCUCCUGGGCCCUGACGAUCUGCCGCCCCCGGAACCCAGGCUCACGAUUUGAGUUUCUGGCCGGCGGAGGCGCUCCGCAGCGCGAUCUCACGGAAGUCGGCUCGGAAGACCUUGACCCGCCGGGACAGGAGAUGGCGCCGCCGGCGGGCGGGGCGGCGGCCGCAGACCCGGGCUCAGCCGCAGUGCUCCUGGCUGUGCACGCCGCGGUGAGACCGCUGGGCGCCGGGCCCAACGCAGAGGCGCAGCUGCGGAGGCUGCAGCUGAGCGCGGAUCCCGAAAGACCCGGGCGUUUCCGACUGGAGCUGCGAGGCGCGGGGCCCGGAGCGGUCAGUCUGGAGUGGCCCUUGGAGUCAAUCUCCUAUACCAUCCGCGGCCCCAGUCAACAUGAGUUGCAGCCUCCACCAGGAGGGCCCGGAACUCUCAGUCUGCGCUUCCUCAACACUCAGGAAGCUCAGCAGUGGGCAGCCUUGCUGCGAGGUGCCACCGCAGAGGGACAGAAUGGCAGUGGCAGUCCACUCCUAGCCCUGGGCCCAGAAACAUGUCCUGUUUCCUCACCCAGUCCCCCUGUGGUCCCAACACUCAAAGUGCCCCAACCUGAGGUGGAUCUUCAGAGCCCUGGAGACUUGAUGGAGAAAGAAGAGCUGACUGGGCUCCUGGCCCAGGCCAUUGCAGGUGGGGACGAGAAGGGGGCAGCCCAAAUAGCAGCAAUCCUGGCCCAGCGUCACGUGGCCCUCAGUGUCCAGCUUCAGGAGGCCUGCUUCCCGCCUGGUCCCAUCAGGCUGCAGGUCACAGUUGAAGAUGCCACAUCCGCUGCAUCCUCGGCAUCCUCUGCCCACAUCUCACUGCAGGUCCACGCUCACUGUACCAUCUCAGCUCUCCGGGAACAGGUGUUCUCAGAGUUCGGUUUCCCACCUGCUGUGCAACGCUGGGUCAUUGGGAGGUGGCUGUGUGCCCCUGAGCGCAGCCUUGCUUCCUAUGGGGUCCAGCAAGAUGGGGACCCUGCUUUCCUCUAUCUGCUCUCCACUCCCCAAGAAGCCCCAGGAUGCAGCCCUCAACGCUUGCAGAAGAUGGAAGGGGAACUAGGACGGUUCUUUCCUCAGUCAUUGGGGCUGUCCCGUGCCCUGCAGCCAGCCAGUUCCAGCCUCCCCGGCCCCCUUCAGCCUGGCUGGUCCUGUCCUUCCUGUACCUUCAUCAAUGCCCCAAAUCGCCCUGGCUGUGAGAUGUGUAGCACCCAGAGGCCCUGCACCUGGGACCCCCUUCCUACAUCGUCUACCCAGUAGCCACCAAAGAACAUGGCCCUUCCCUGGAAGGCCUAAAUGCCUGGACUAUCACCUGAUCUCAGGAGACCUCUGCUGGCUGCUCAUUGGGGACAGACAAGACGGUUGCAGGGAAGAGCUAUAAGUUAGACACAAAAGGGGCUGGGGUUGUGGCUCAGCAGUAGAACGCUUACCUAGCAUGGAGGCCCUGGAUUUGAUCCUCAGCACA